UAAGCUAACCUUAGCAAGCUACCAGUUACAGUUCUCGUCACACAAUUAAACACAGAAAUACGAUGUAAAAAUAUUGCAUUUCUCUGAGGAGUGACAGGUUCAUGUGUAAUGAAGAUUCUUUUGUAUAAACUACAGGCAAAAGAUGCGAAAGAUUCGGUGCCUAUACAGAACCCCAUUGAGAAAUCAGCCCAUUUACAGAAUUAACAUACAUUCUAUUUUCAUGGGGAUUGUUGUUUAAGUUAUUGUCAAAACGUCUGAAAUUUGAUUUAAUAACAAGAGCAGACAGACGGUUUUAUAGGCCGAAUGAAAGGAGUCACAGUUUUAAGUAAGUUUUGUCGUUGUUUGUCACGCUUUUUCAAGAAGCUGCUGAACUUUGUCACAAUGCGACGACUUUUAACGAGAGUAAUAAAUCGAGUUCUGGUGAGUUCGCCGUUCACACCUGCGAUGGGCAUUGAAGCAGAAAUACACACACACGGCCGCCGAAAGCUGGUGGUGGGGCUGGGUAACCCGGGGAUGGAGGGUACCAGACACAGCAUCGGCAUGGCGGUGCUGGGAGCGCUCGCCGCCCGGCUCGGCGUGGCUGACCGUUGGCGCGGCGACAAGCACGUGUCCGGUGAGGUCAUCGUGUCAGAGGUCCAACACACACAUGUGGUGCUGCUCCGUCCCAGGCUGCUGAUGAACAUCAACGGGGUGUCAGUGGCCAAAGCAGCUGGUAAAUACAGCAUCAAGCCUGAAGACAUCCUGCUGGUCCACGAUGAACUGGACAAACCUCUGGGGAAGAUCGCCGUCAAACAUGGAGGAAGUGCCAGAGGUCAUAAUGGAGUCCGCUCCUGUGUAGACUGUCUCCAGACUGAUGAUCACCUCCUGUCCUCUCCUGCAGGUGAUGCCCAGACUUCGGGUUGGGAUUGGCCGGCCGGCGGGGAAAACGUCGGUGGAGCGCCACGUCCUGGGCCGAUUCUCCUCAGAGGAACAGAAGGUUCUAGACUCUGUUCUGGUCCAGAGUGUGGACGUCCUCCUCUCCCAGCUCUCCCAGCAACAGGACCCUCAGUCCCCCUCCUCACCAGCAGAGGGCAGACGAGCAGCACAGAAGAGAGAAGAGAGGGAGCGCUCAGCCUCUCCAGCUGAGGACGCUGCUGCUGCUCAGAGCUGAAUCUCUGAGUUUCUGAACUCUGGUAUCAAACACACAGCUGCCUCAAAAGAUGAAAUGAAGGUUCAUCACUGUGACUGCAUUUAUUCUCUUCUCUCUGAGGUUAAAUGGCUUAAAACAGAUGAUGGAUGAAAACAGAACUGUCCUGAUCAUUUCAGUCACAAAUUUCAUUCAUUCACUUUUCAGAUUUGGUGGAAAGUGUAGAUCCAAGAAUGUUGUCAGGAUAUCUGACAGUACAGGAUGUGUAUACUGUAUGAAUGGAAAUAAAAUGAUCAGGUUCAUCA